GAAGGGUCCGUCCAGAGAGUCGGUCUUCCUUACCUACGAGCUAGUGAGCUGCUCGUCAGUGUUAGUGCAACUACAGUUGCGCUAACACUGCCGAGCCGCUCUACAGUUGUCUCGCCUCUGCAGAGGGACAGACUUCGUGCAUUUCUACAAAUAGGAAACAAGCAAUCUUCACGUAGGACGUGAAAGAGGGAAGACGUUCAUCUUUUCCUGUUGGUACUCAACAAAUCAAAGAUGGUCAAUGCAUUACGUACUGGGGUCCUCGGGAAGAAUGGUGUCCUUCCUAGAGCACUCCUCGCCCUUCCUUCAUCCCGUUCCAUUAUCUCCUCACGUUCUGUCCUCCCUGGAGGUCCCUCUGGCCCCUGGAGAUCCCGGGGGAUGUCCUCCAUGGCCGGAGUGGCGCCCUCGCUGGCCACGUCAGACUUCCACUCUCUCCCUCGGCCACACUCUGAGAUCCCGGGCCCCAGGUCAUGGCCGCUGCUGGGGACCUUACCUGCCAUGCUCACUGAUCCGGCUUAUGAUGUUUCUCGACUGCCGCGUCUCUGGGAAUCUUACUUCAAGAAAUAUGGUCGAAUUUUCAAGUUGAACAUCCCUGGGCAAGGAGAUGUUGUGUUCAUCUCAGAUCCCAGAGACAUUGAACACCUCUUCAAGGAGAUGUCUGACAACCCUAUCAGGCCAUUUUUUGAUUCCUUGAAGAAAACUCGCCUGAUGAAUAAAACCAAGUUUUUUAAGGAAAAUAGAACAGGAAUCUUUACCGAGCAGGGUGAGGACUGGUGGCGGGUGAGGAGCCUAGUGCAGGUGCACUCUACAAGGACCAAGACCGUGGCUCAAUACCUGCCACAGGUCGACCAGGUGGCCCAGGAGUUUGUCGCCAGGUCAGCCCAACAGCGGGACCACAAGAAUGAGCUUCCUUGCGAUUUUCUCGAAGAUAUUUUCAAGUGGGCGUUGGAGUCUCUGUGCCUGGUGGCCCUCAACAAAAGAAUGGGAUGCCUGGAUAACAGCGAGGAAGGGCUCAGGAUCAUCAAGGCCUCCAUCACCAUGAUUAAUUCAAUAACUGAUUGUGAGUUUGGCGUCCACCUCUGGAGGUAUUUCACCACCCCGGCGCUCAGACGCAUGUGGAAGGCUCAUGACUACGUUCUCGAUGUGGUCUUGGAGAAGGUUGGCCAGGCUAAGAAAGACCUGGAAGCCCGUAACCCCAAAGACUCGGGCGAGCUGAACAUCUUGGAGUCUCUCCUCGCCACUCCGGGUCUCUCCCUCGAGGACGUUAUCACCUUCAUGGUCGACCUCUUCUUAGCCGGGAUUGACACGACGUCAUCGAGCUCAAUGUUUACCAUCUACAACCUGGCCCGACAUCCAGACAAGCAGGCCAGACUACAGCAGGAGCUGGAUCAGGUACUGGGAGACGGGAGCCAGACUCUCACCACACACCAUAUGGCCAGACUCACUUACACCAAAGCCUGUGUGAGGGAGACAUUGAGGAUCUUGCCAACAACCUCAGUAAUUACUCGUCGACCCCAGAGAAACAUAACUCUUCAAGGCUACAACGUCAGAGCCGGAUCUCAGAUAUUCGUCAGCAUGGAAGAGUCUGGCAAGAUGGAGGAAUACUUUCCCCGACCGACGGAGUUUAUACCGGAGCGCUGGCUGAGGGACAAUCCGGGCCGUCUCACUAACCAGUUCGCCUCCAUACCCUUCUCCGUUGGGACCCGCAUGUGUGUUGGUCGGAGGCUGGCCGAACAGGAGGUCUACGUCCUGCUUGCCAGGCUGUUCCUGAAGUAUAACUUGGAGUACAAGCACGAGGAAUGGGAACCCUUGUACAGGACUGUGUAUAGGCCUGAUAAACCACAGCAGUUUACCAUGACCGAACGCUAGAAAACCCACUCCUGUGUUGAGGUGCACAUUGUAUGGAUGUUUGAUGAGCUCAUUUAACCUAUCCUCUUGAAUAAUACAUCGCAUUUUAAUGUCAAAAUCCCCAAUGGACAAAAUAUAGUGUAAUAUAUCAUCAUAGCAACUCACAAACAACCACGUUUUCUGUCCGUGGGUCCAUCAUUUAGGUUACGUUUGAGCAAUUUGGUACAUUUUUUCUCGUCCAUUGUAAGAAACUCGAAAGGACGGGCUGGCGGGGCUGGAAUAAGUCAUACUGAACUCUGAGUAUGUGUUAAUCAGCAAUGAAGGAGCAUACGUUUCAGCUUGGUGGCGGAAAAGCUUAUGUAGCUGUAAGUAAAUAUUCACAUUUAGGAUAGUCAGGCCUGAAGUUUGAUUUAUGAUUGAUGACAUAAUCCUCCUUGUAUAUCCUUUAAAUGUUGGGAUAUCAGUUGUAUGUAAAACUCACACACUGUUACACAGUCCCAACAGAUGUAUACAUGUAUUUUUAUCAAGCAGCACGCAAAUCCAUAAUACAUAAUAAAACUCU